GAUUUUUGAAUGACUUUGCCGAAUCAAUCAUCUUCUUCUUCUAAUUCUUCUUCUUCUCUUCUCAAAUCCCUUGUGUGCGAUUUCAAUUGCAGCGGCGUGGCUAGAUAAAUUGUAUCUGCCGCAGCUCCAGCUUGAGAAGCAGCAGGAAAUCAGCAACAUCUUCAAGUUCUAAUAGCCUACUCCUGCAAGGCUUCAGUUUUGAUCCAUGUCUGGGAGGGAUGGAGGAGGUGCUGCGCCUCGUUGGGUGAGCUCGAAGUCGGAGUUGAAACGGAAGGAGGAGAAGCAGAAGAAGGCAAAGUCUGGAGGGUUUGAGUCUCUUGGCCUUAGCUCGAAUGUGUUCCGAGGUAUCAAGCGGAAGGGUUAUCGUGUUCCCACCCCGAUUCAGCGGAAGACAAUGCCAAUCAUCCUCACUGGUGUCGACGUUGUUGCCAUGGCUCGUACUGGUUCUGGAAAGACGGCUGCUUUUCUUAUUCCCAUGCUUGAGAGGCUCAGGCAGCAUGUUCCCCAGGCUGGAGUCAGGGCUCUUAUUCUCUCUCCCACCAGGGAUUUAGCUCUCCAAACUUUGAAAUUCACUAAGGAACUGGGUCGCUUUAUAGAUCUACGAAUCAGUUUACUGGUAGGUGGUGACAGCAUGCAAAGUCAAUUCGAAGAAUUGGCUCAGAAUCCAGACAUUAUUAUUGCAACGCCUGGUAGGCUUAUGCACCACUUGUCUGAAGUUGAAGACAUGUCACUGCGCACUGUAGAGUAUGUAGUAUUCGACGAGGCCGAUUCUCUUUUUGGCAUGGGCUUUGCUGAACAACUGCAUAAAAUCCUCGCUCAACUGAGUGAGAAUCGUCAGACCUUACUUUUUAGUGCAACAAUGCCAAGUGCACUUGCUGAGUUUGCCAAGGCUGGUCUGCGUGAUCCUCAUCUUGUUCGACUUGAUUUGGAGAACAAGAUUAGCUCCGACUUAAAGCUUUGUUUCUUCACUUUAAGACCUGAGGAAAAAAUUGCUGCCCUAUUGUACUUGGUUAGAGAUCAUCUCAAAUCUGAUGAGCAGUCACUCAUCUUUGUUUCUACUAAGUAUCAUGUGGAGUUUCUCGAUGACCUCUUCAAGGAAGAAGGCAUAGAAGCUUCUGUUUGUCAUGGUAAAAUGGACCAAGAUGCUCGGAAAAUGAAUACAUCUAGAUUUAGGUCAAGGAAGACUAUGCUUCUGAUAGUAACAGAUGUAGCUGCUCGAGGAAUUGAUAUACCACUCCUUGAUAAUGUUAUCAACUGGGAUUUUCCCCCAAAACCGAAAAUUUUUGUGCAUAGAGUAGGUCGAGUUGCUCGUGCUGGUAGGACUGGAACUGCAUUUUCAUUUGUUACAGCAGAGGACAUGCCAUAUGUUUUAGAUCUUCAUCUAUUUCUCUCGAAACCGAUCAGGCCAGCACCUACUGAGGAAGAGAUCUUGCAGGAUAUGGAUGGAGCCAUGUCUGUAGUUGAUCAAGCCAUAGCUAAUGGAGAAACUGUCUAUGGGCGCUUCCCUCAAACUAUCAUAGAUUUAAUAUCUGACAGGGUUCGGGAAGUUAUUGAUUCAUCAGGAGAUCUAGUUGCAAUGCAGAAAGCGUGCAAGAAUGCUUUCCGAUUGUAUUCUAAGACAAAACCAGCUCCUGCGACUGAGUCCAUUAAAAGAGCUAAGGCUUUACCUAGUGAAGGAUUGCAUCCAUUAUUCAAAAACGUUCUAGGUGGAGAAGAGCUAACUGCAUUAGCCUUUUCGGAACGGCUAAAAUCUUUCAGACCUAAGCAGACCAUUCUUGAAGCUGAAGGUGAAGCUUCUAAAUCAAAGCAUCAUGGUUGUCAAUGGGUUGAUGUAAUGAAGAAAAAAAGAGCUAUUCAUGAGAAUGUCAUUAAUUUGUUUAAACAACAGCGAUCUAAUGAAGAGGUAAAUAUGUUGCAGCAAUUGGAAUCUGAAACAACUUGUACAGAGGAAAUUGAAAUAAAAGUUUCAGGCUCUAAAAGAAAGACACGAAGCUACAUCGAUGAGGAAAACUUUAUUAGUUCAAUACCGGUGAAUCAGAUUCAGGAGGCAGGACUCUCAGUAAGAGCUAAUGAAGGUUUUGAACCAAACAGGUUGGAAGCAGCUGUUUUGGAUCUUGUGGCUGAUGACGGUGCAGGUUUAGUGAAGCAAAAAGCAAGAUUCCACUGGGACAAAAGACACAAGAAAUACGUCAAGUUAAAUAAUGGAGACCGUGUGACUGCAAGUGGGAAGGUAAAGACAGAAGGUGGAUCUAAAACUACAGCUACUAAAACGGGUAUAUACAAGAGAUGGAAAGAUCGAUCGCAUAGAUCAAUAUCUCUUAAAGGAAAUGAUGAGGGAAAUACUGAAGCAUCUACAAGUUCUGGCGGUGGUAUUAAUGUUCUACGAGACGAAAGAGGAGGAAGGAGGAGGCAGGGUGGUGCAGUGCCUAAUGCACAUGUUCGGUCGGAGAUCAAAGAUCACGAUCAAGUACGGAAAGAUAGGCAGAAGAAGGCUGAUAGGAUUUCAUACAUGAAAAACAACACAAAAGCUAAAAGGGGCAAAAAGAAGAGGCCUGGUAAGAGUAGUGGUGGUAAGAGUGGUGGUAGUAAGAGCAAAGGUGGUGGGAAAAAAGGAAAGAGCAAGUAGACCAUAAAUUAUCUCAUUUGUACCAAUUAACUAACUCUUGGUCAAAUUUUCAUUUUUAAUGCAUUCAUUCAAGGAAUCUAUCAAGUUUUGGGAUAUACAAGUUUGUUUCUUUUA